AUCUUAGAAAGCCAUACUGCCGUAAUUCAUUGUGUUUGCGUGCAUAACAAAACCGGGCUGAUUUGACCGUCAUUUUCGAAGUUGAGGCUGGCUUUCUAUGGUCUUCCGUUGUGUCAGCGUUAUCCGCUGGUUUAUUCUCACACGGUCCAGCUUUCAUACCACCGCUCGUCUAUCCUUCUAAAGAUGGUGAGAGAUGUGUCAUUUCCUGGACGUAAACAGUCUGCAGCAGGACACAGAGAAAAGAUAAACAAUUCUGUGCAAAAUUUAGCAGAGGAGGCCUGCUAACUGAGGAUUAAAUAACAAGUAAGCUUUUCCUAACUGUGCUCACUUCCUCUCUGUUUGUGUGUGUUUGUGUGUUUGGAUUACCUUCCAGUAAUCUGCGUUUUAGUUUUUACAAAUGCAGUGUGUGGGGCAUAGAUUUCAACCCACACAUAACACAUCAGAAAAGUAGCCAACCAUUAAGAGUUCACUGGUUUCAAGGAAAGGAUGGCACAGGUAGAGGAAGCCCACACUGAAGGUGAGAGCAGCCCUCAGAUGGUCUCCUUAAGAUCAGAUGUCUCAGCGAGCCAGGGGAACGAUGGAGAAGUGGGGCCAUCUAUGAGGAGGAAGAGGAGGAAGAAGAAAGAGCCCCGUCCCGAGUCCAUCAUUGUGUACCGCUCUGAAACGGAGAGAACACCAGGGGAGCAGAGUGGUGAGGAGGGAGGAGAAAGGAGCACGGAGGAGGGAGCACAGUUCCUGGGAACACCAACAGGAGAAGGAGGGGGCUGGAACCUUCCUCCAGACAGCCGGUAUGUGACACUUACCGGCACCAUCACUCGGGGAAAGAAGAAGGGCCAGGUGGUGGACAUUCACGUCACUUUGACAGAGAGGGAACUCAGGGAUCUGGCCAAGUCAAAGGAGCGUCUCAAUGCAGAGUGCGAGGCAGGGGAAGGGUCCAAACGCAGCUGCUCCUUAGGAGUUUGCCAGGGACCCCACGUGGUGCUGUGGAGCAUCUCCUGUGCUCCUGUGGUUUUCCUCCUUUCCUUCAUCACCUCCUUCUACUACGGCACGCUCACCUGGUACAAUGUCUUCCUAGUGUACAACGAGGAGCGGACGUUCUGGCACAAGAUUACCAUUUGUCCCUUUCUCAUCAUCUUUUAUCCUGUACUCAUCAUGCCAUUGGCGCUGUCUCUGGCUCUGUACUCAGCUGUGGUGCAGGUGUCCUGGGCCUUCAGCGAGUGGUGGCAGGUAGUGCGGGACCUGGAGAAAGGCUUUUGCGGCUGGGCCUGUGGGAAGUUGGGGCUGGAGGACUGCUCACCUUACAGCAUCGUGGAGCUGCUCGACUCCGAUACAAUUUCUGGGACUCUGCAGAGCAAGGCGCCCAGAGAACUUGCCCAGACAUCAUCAGUUUGAAGGAGCAGAUGCUGAUGUCAUGGCAAAUACAGUGCCUUGCUACAGUAUUCAUAGGCCCUUUUCACAUUUUGUCAGGUUAAAACCAUAAACUACAAUCUAUUUUAUUGGUGUUUUUUGUGAUUAACAAACAUAAAGACCACCUUUUGUUGCACUUAAAGCUGCUGACCUUUUGUGGUAUGUCUUAACAAGUUUUACACAUCUAGAGUCUGACGUUUUUUAUCCAUUCUCCUUUACAAAAUAAAUCAAGCGUAGUCAGAUUAGAUCGAGACCAUCCAUGCACAUUAAUUUUGCAUCGCUGCCUACAUAUGGCUUUAUUUGAACCCUGGUUUUGUCAUCACCCCUUUAUAAAAGUCAGAUUUGUAACAGUUGUCCUGUUAACAGAUGUUCCCACCUGAGCUGUGGAUCUCUGCAGUUCUACCAGAGUUAUUAUGGGCCCCUUGGCUGCUUCUCUGAUUAUUGCUCUCCAUGCCUGGUCUAACGGUUUGGGUGGACAGCCAUGUCUUGGUAGGUUUGCAGCUGUACCAUACUCUUUCGAUUUUUGAGUAAUGAACUUCUCUACAACUUUACCACUGACUUGUCUGUUGUGUUCCUUGGCCUUCAUGCUGUUUGUUUACUGUUCUCUAACAAACAGAACAGCUAGACUCUGUUUCUUAUUAUAAAUCCGCUAGAUUACAAUUUUAUUCAUGGGUAUCCGAGUAAAUAGGGAGGAAUAAAAAUGCAUGCCACUCUUUCAGAUUUUUAUAUGCAAACCAUGUAUCAUGUCCCAGUAAAAUACAUUAAUGCAUAUGGUUUUUUUCUUAACAAAAUGUGAAAAAGGUUCAAGGGGUUUGGAUACUUUUGAGAGGUAUUGUAUUUCUGUUGGCGUCUGAUGCUCAUGUGCUUUCAUGUGCUUUUAACUUUUCAUUUCAGUUUCAAGACAAGCACCUAAAAAGGAUUUUUGUAACUAAGAAUUUUUUUCAGAUUUCCUCAUUUCAAUUCCAAAUUCUUAAUUUGAUUUAAAUUUGUUUCUUUAUUAAACUAUUUAGGACAAAACCAUAAGGACAUUUUCCUUAAAAUCAAACGUGAAAAUGUUUAAAAGCUAAUUAACAAAUGAUUCCUGCAAGAUAUAACUCAGUAUGCACUACCUAAGCUGUUAAGGUGUUGAAUUAUUUUUACAAACUGUUAUUAAACUAUGAGCAUAUUCGGGUAUCAAGGGUCAGUUUUUAUGUUUACAGGUUUUCUACAUAUGCCACUUAACAGCUACCAGGGAUUACUACACAGAUCUGAGAGACCUUUUAUGACACAUUGGAACUGGCUCAGAAAGCCAUACUGGAGAUCCAGUAACAUCUUAACCAAGUUUCACUUUAUCUGUAAAUAUCUGUAAUGAACAUUGUUAUUCGCUGUGCAAUGGCAUCAGAGAGCAGCACUUAUUUGUUUGUUAAGCUGUUGUAAUCACUUGGAUGUUGGAGCCAAAGCCUCUUGCUUUGGAAGUUUUGCAUGACCUGUUCAAGUGGGAAGAACACUAUUAACCCAUUAUCAACUAAAACACUAUUUUGAAUUUUGAAGCACUGGUUAUCUAUUAUUUGAUAUUGUUUUUUGUAUUGUCAGUCAGUAUAAAAAAAACAGAAACAGUGUGUUGCUGGUCUACUAAAAUUCAGACUUUCCAUGUCCUUUUUAGUAUCAUAGCUUUCUAUAUUCAACCAACUUGCACAGUUUUGUUGCAGAUUAAUGUUCUAUAAACACUCUUAUGCAUAGAGUGUUUAUAGAACAUUAAUCUGCAACAAAACCGUGCAAGUUCUAUAAACACUCUUAUGCAUAGAGUCAGCUCAAGGUUAACCUGUGUAAUUUUGCAUUAAGACAAAAUUCUGGUUUGCUAAUGUAAUAAUUGGUAUUAAAUGAUGAACUGUGGUCUGUUGAAUAUGAUGUCAUAUUUUGAAUUGUUAGAAAUUGGCGAAUAACGGUGAAUAUUUAAUUCUGCUGAACGUUUAAUACCGAUCAGGAGGAUGUCUGGAGUUACUAAAAAUAUUUUAAACACAGUAAAACAUGGUCCAUGCUAGUGAAUAUCCAAGAACAUGACUGCAUGUAGCAAUAGUGAGGAAAAGCUCCAAGGUCUUUCAAAGAGAUGCACCAAUCAGGAUUUUACCAGCCAGUACCGCUUUUCUUGAGGUCUCUGUUUUCUUUCUAUUGAAUAAAACUCAUACAAACUCAUUUGUGUAAACACUGUUUAAAUUCAACAAUUAAAUGUGACAAGCAUUCAUCCAAAAAGACAAAGUGCUGAUAGAGGGAGUAGUUUUGAAUCCGAAAGAAAAUAAAGGUUACACGAUUAUUCACUCUUAAACAUGCAUUUAUUAGUUUUUUACAAUUCUCAAAGUGCAUUAUGGGAUUGGUUAAUGCAUUAAAAGUUGGAAAAUCAGGGAGAUUUCCGUUCUGAUGCAUUGACUAAAGAAGAAGAAAAAACAGAAUUUUCAGUAUUUGAUCUGUCAAUCACUGAUUAGAGCCAAUCAAGGAAAAUUAGCCGAUGUGGUGCUUCACUACUUUUUAUUUUAUUUUUAUAGUCACGUUUUUAUUCAGUCUAAACUCCUUUAAAUGAACUGUAUGUGAACCUGAAACGUAUUGUGUUGUUUUCAUUAAAAUAGGUGUAGCUGUCUAGUUGAGAAAUCUCGUCAGAUUCCCACAUGUUCUUAUUUUAAAAAUCCUCUCCUUUUCCUGCAUUUAUUUCUGUUAUCCUUUCAGAAGUUGUUCAAACUACUGUAUGUGUUUUGUACUCCAGCACUUUGGUAUAAACUAAUUCAAUGGAUAUUGGUUUAGAUGAAUCAGAUGAUUUAAAUGCUUGGUGUUUGUUUAGGAAUAUUUAACUGUAUGGCCUCCCCUUUCUGAGUAUGAUCUUCAUGUUUACAAGGAAAAACUUUUAUGUGGUUGGGGACUGAAUCAUUACUUUUUGUAAAACCUUACAAUGGAAAACAAAGAAUAAAAAAUGAAAUAAAGAGCUGCAUCACUUCA